GCCACUAAGCCAGCAUGGAGGGGAGGUGGGGUCUUUUCCUCGGCCUCAUCAUGGCAGUAUGUUUCUACAGCAACACUGCUCAGGAGACAGUCUGCAAGCAAGAGGCUGUAGCUGACAUCGUCUUCAUGGUCGAUGGGUCGUGGAGCAUCGGCACUGAGAACUUCGAACAGAUCCGUCAGUUUCUGUACACACUGGUCAACAGCUUCGAUGUUGGGCCUGACCAUGUCCGCAUCGGCCUGGUCCAGUACAGCAACAGUCCACGCACCGAGUUCCUGCUCAACACCUAUCAGAACAAGGGGGACAUACUCCAGUACAUCAGCAAAUUACCUUACAUGGGGGGCGGCACCCAUACAGGGCAGGGCUUGGACUUCAUGCUGAAGGAGCACUUUAAGGCAGCAGCUGGAAGCCGGGCUGCCCAGAACGUCCCACAGAUCGCUGUGGUGAUCACAGAUGGCAAAUCACAAGACAACGUUGAGUCCCAUGCCCAGGAUCUGAAGAGAAAGGGAAUUGUUUUGUAUGCAAUCGGUAUCAAAGAAGCAGAUGAAGACCAGCUGAGAGAGAUAGCAAAUGAGCCGCAUAGCCAGCAUGUCUACAGCGUGUCUGAUUUCGCAGCUCUGCAGGGAAUUUCUCAGAGCAUCGUCCAGACACUGUGCACAACUGUAGAGGAAGCCAAACGACAACUCCUGCAAUUGUCUCAAGAAUGUUCCAGGGCCACUGUGGCCGACAUCGUCUUCCUCAUUGAUGGCUCCUCCAGCAUCGGUCAAGCCAACUUCGAGGCAGGCCAGCAGUUUCUCCGCAGCGUUGUGUCAGGCCUUGACAUCGGCCCUGACAAAGUUCGGGUUGGCUUGGCACAGUACAGUGACGAACCUCACCAGGAGUUCCUGCUGAAGGACCACAUGGACAAGCAAUCCCUGCUGGCUGAGAUAGGAACGUUCCCCUACCGAAAAGGGGGCACACAAACAGGCAAGGCCAUUGACUUCCUCAUGGAGAGGUACUUCACAGAAGAGGCCGGUAGCCGAGCAAGCCAACGAGUGCCUCAGAUUGUUGUGAUCAUCACAGAUGGCGACUCCAUGGAUAAUGUGACGAUGCCCGCCCAACGCCUGAAGCAGCGCGGAGUCAUUGUGUUUGCCAUCGGGGUGGGAAACACAAACGUAAAGGAGCUCCAGUCCAUUGCCAGCCGGCCUUCAGAGCGCUUCCUGUUUACCAUCAAUAGCUACCAAGCUCUGGUGGCCCUGACAGACGGUCUGCUGCAAACUGUUUGUGUCUCCAUGGGGGAUCAGAGGCAAGCGUUGGCAGAAAAGUUUGCAGACAUUUUCUUCCUGCUGGACAGUGGCAUGAGUCCAGGAGAGUUCCAGCAGAUCAGGAGCAUCCUCGUCCGACUGGUCAACCAACUUAACAUCGGAGCAUCUGGCCAUCGUCUGGGCUUAGCUCAGUAUGGUCAAGAUACCAAGGUGGAAUUUCUUCUUAACGCUUAUCAAACCAAAGAGGAGACCCUGGCUGGUGUUAGGCGUUUCCGCCAGCGUCGACUGCAAGCCAACGAGCAACGUUACCUGGGCAGUGCAUUGGAGUAUGCCAGCACUCACUUUUUCACCAGUGAGGCAGGAAGCCGAGCGGACCAAGGCUACCGACAGUACCUGGUUGUUCUAAGUGGAAAAAAUUCAGAUGAUUCUGUGUAUAAGCAGUCACGUCUGAUCAAAUCAGAGGGAAUAACUGUGGUGGGGAUGGGCCUCAGUUCAGCGGUGGAUGAAAUGCGUGUCAUAGCCACAGCACCAUAUGUAUACUAUUCCCUCAGCAAUGUACAUACACUAAAGGCUAUUUUCGAAACACAGGAACAGGAAACCACUCUUACUGGAGAUUGCAAAGCAGCCAAACUGGCAGACAUCGUGUUCAUUGUUGAUGAGUCAGGAAGCAUUGGAACCCCAAACUUCCAGCUGGUACGUACUUUCCUGCAUUCAAUUGUCAGCGGCUUGGAAGUUAGUCCAAGUAGAGUCCGAGUUGGCAUUGUGAUGUACAACGACAGGCCCACAGCCCAGGUGUACCUCGACAGCUUCAGCGACAAGAAAGAACUGCUGAAUUUCAUCAAAAUCUUGCCUUACCAUGGGGGUGGUACGAACACUGGAGCUGCCCUGAAAUUCACCCUGGAGAAUGUUUUUACCAAGCAAAGAGGAAGCAGGAAAGAUAAGGGCAUCCAGCAGGUGGCAGUGGUGAUUACAGACGGUGAAUCCCAGGACGAAGUGAGCCAACCAGCAGCUGAUCUCCGUCGGGCUGGUGUCACAGUUUACUCCCUAGGAGUCAAAGAUGCCAAUAAGGCCCAGCUGGUGGAGAUGGCGUCUUAUCCUCCCAAUAAACAUGUGUUCAUUGUGGACAGUUUUGUCAAGCUGAAAUCUGUGGAGCAGAGCCUGCAGAAAAUUCUUUGCACUAACAUCUUGCGCCAAGCUAUCUCAGUCAAUACAAGAAGAACUGGCAUCAAACAAGGCUGCGUACAAACAGAUGAAGCAGAUAUCUUCUUCCUGGUUGAUCACUCAGGAAGUAUUUACCCCGCAGACUUCAAAGACAUGAAGAAGUUCAUCACUGAGUUUCUUCACACCUUCCGUAUCGGGCCGCAACAUGUCCGCGUGGGAGUUGCAAAAUAUGCAGAUUCUCCAAACUUAGAAUUUGAUCUGACAACCUACAUGGAUGCCAAGACAUUGGAGAAAGCUGUGGAGGGAAUCAAACAAGUAGGAGGUGGGACACAGACCGGAAGAGCACUGGAGUUCAUGGGCCCACUGUUUGACAGAGCAAUGGCCACUCGUGGGAAUAAAGUCCCAGAGUACCUGGUCGUCAUCACUGAUGGAAAAUCCGCUGAUGAGGUCAUUGCUCCUGCAGAAAAACUGAGGGCGCAGGGUGUCACUGUCUAUGCCAUCGGGGUUAAAAAGGCAGAUGCAGAUGAGCUGCGAGAGAUUUCUGGCGACCCUAAGAGGACUUUCUUUGUCAAUAAUUUUGAUGCCCUGAGGCCCAUCAAGGAUGAUAUCAUCACAGAUAUCUGUUCUACAGAUGCUUGCAAAGACAUACCAGGCGACCUUCUCUUUUUGAUUGACAGCUCUGGGAGCAUCAACCCCCAAGACUAUGAGAAAAUGAAAGACUUCAUGAAAUCUGUAAUCAGGAAGUCCGUUAUAGGGCAGAAUGAGGUGCACGUUGGUGUCAUGCAGUUCAGCACUGUCCAGAAACUAGAGUUCCCGCUCAACCGCUACUACAGUAAAGAAGAAAUGUCCAAAGCCAUUGAUAACAUGCUGCAGAUUGGUGGCGGCACACACACAGGUGGAGCAAUCACAGAUGUGUCACAGUAUUUUGAUGCAUCUAGAGGAGGGCGUCCUGACCUAAGGCAGAGGCUGGUAGUGAUAACAGAUGGCGAGGCCCAAGAUGAGGUCAAAGGCCCUGCCAUGGCUCUGAGGGCCAAAGGAGUGUUGGUCUAUGCCAUUGGAGUUGUGGAUGCCAACACCACCCAGCUGCUGGAGAUCAGCGGGUCACCAGAUAGGAUGUAUGCUGAGAGGGACUUUGACGCUCUGAAAGACUUAGAGAGCCAGCUGGCCUUGGAGCUCUGUGAUCCAGAGAGAGAGUGUAAGAAGACAGAAGAAGCUGAUAUCAUUUUCCUGGUGGACGGUUCUACAAGCAUCACCCUGCCAAAGUUCAGAAGCAUGCAGAAGUUUAUGGAGUCAAUGGUGAACCAAACUACAGUUGGAAAAGACCUGACUCGCUUUGGGGUCAUUCUCUACUCCACCACCCCCAAUUCCAUUUUUACUCUGAAACAGUACAACUCUAAACGAGAAGUUCUUCAAGCAAUAGCUGCCCUGAAGUCCCCAUACGGAGACACCUACACUGGCAAAGCCUUGGCAUACUCGUUACAGUACUUUGAAGCUGCAAAUGGUGGUCGGGCAGAACGCCAGGUGCCUCAGAUUCUCAUGGUGAUCACAGAUGGCGAUGCUACCGACAGCAACAAUCUGGUUGCACCUUCCUUGGCACUGCGAGACAAAGGGAUCAGUGUUUUCAGUAUUGGAGUGGAAGGAGCGAACAGGGCACAGCUGGAGAUCAUGGCUGGUCAUGAAGCGUCCAGAGUUUUCUAUGUGGACAAUUUCGAAGCCCUGGAAACUCUGUACAAGAAUAUUACUCAUGUCCUCUGCAAUUCCACCAAGCCAGUUUGUGAAAAACAGAAGGCUGACCUGGUCUUCCUAAUCGAUCAGUCUGGCAGCAUCGACCCAGCAGAUUACACCAUCAUGAAGAAGUUCACAACAGAUCUAGUGAACAGCUUCAAAGUCAGUGAAAAUUUAGUGCGUGUGGGACUUGCCCAGUUCAGCAGCACCUUUCAGCACGAGUUUUACCUCAACAAGUUCUACACUGAGCAAGUGGUGACCAAGCACAUCUUGGAUAUGCAGCAGCUCGGUGGAGGAACCAACAUCGGACUGGCCCUGGAUUCCGUCAGGGAAUAUUUUGAGGCAGCACGAGGCAGCCGUAGAUCUGAAGGGAUCUCCCAGAAUCUUGUGUUAAUCACAGAUGGUGAAUCGCAGGAUGACGUGGAAGACGCAGCCGACCGUCUCAGGAAUCUCGGGAUAGAGGUGUUUGCCAUUGGCAUUGGAGACGUCCAUGACCUGGAGCUCCUGCAGAUCACCGGCACCCCAGAGAGGCUGUUUACUGUGCAGAACUUUGGUAGCUUGGAAAAGAUCAAGCAAAAGGUGGUCGACACCAUCUGCAAAUCCAAACCCAUCCAAGAACAAAGCAGCUGCACCAUUGAUAUCGCUAUGGGAUUUGAUAUUACUCGAACGACCGGAGCUCCUGGUGAGAUGCUGAUCAGCGGUCACACCAAGCUCCAGACCUUCCUGCCAGAGAUCGCCCAUUACAUUUCGUCAGUACCAGGACUGUGCUGUGUCGGCACCACUCCUGUCACUACCAACAUCGCCUACCGGUUGGUGAGCCGUGAUGGACGAACCCUGUAUGAUUACAACUUUGAGCACUACAGCAAGGAAGUAGUGAGGAAAGUCAUGGCCGUGAAUUUGGUGGAGCCCACUUAUUUCAACACUGCCUUGCUGAAAUCCUUCGAGGAAAAGUUCAGACUUGAGUCCAGUGCUGGUGUGAAGGUGCUGGUGAUCUUCUCAGACGGACUCGAUGAAGACGUGAUGACCCUGGAACAUCAAUCAGAGCUGCUGCGAAAGUCUGGGAUCAGCGCUCUGCUGACCGUGGCUCUGGAGGGAGUGCGUGAUCCUGCCCAGCUGCAGAUGGUGGAGUUCGGUCGAGGAUUUGGCUACAAACUCCCUCUGAGCAUCGGCAUGCCGAGUGUUGGCAGCACCAUCCUCAAACAGAUUGACACGGUCUCAGACAGGGAGUGCUGCAAUGUUAUGUGCAAAUGUUCAGGACAUGAAGGCAUCCGUGGCUCUCGGGGCCCCCCGGGGUCAAAGGGUCUGUCUGGACAGAAGGGUUACCCUGGAUUCCCGGGAGAGGAGGGCGUUGCUGGCGAGCGAGGACCUCCAGGACCCAGUGGACCACAGGGUGCUGAGGGAUGUGCUGGGAUCAGAGGACCAAAGGGCUACAGAGGCCUCCGGGGAAACAGGGGUGAAGAUGGAGAGGACGGACUGGACGGAGUCAACGGAGAACAGGGAGCGACAGGAAGUGAUGGAGCCCGAGGAGAGAGAGGACACCCAGGAAACCCCGGCAUCCCAGGUAUCAGAGGGGAGGCGGGGCUGAAAGGAGAGCGAGGACUGAGAGGAGAUCCGGGUGAAUCCGGUGCUGACAACACCUCACCAGGAGCCAAGGGAGACCCUGGCAACCCAGGUUUACCGGGCACACCUGGACAGGACGGGCAGCCAGGUGAGAGUGGAAUCGUUGGAAACCCGGGUCCAGAUGGAAGGAGAGGGUCGCUCGGUGAAAAGGGUAGACCUGGAGGGCCAGGAGAGCUAGGAGUACCAGGCAGCCCAGGUGCUUCUGGUCCACAGGGCUCCAGAGGGGUCAGAGGUCAACCUGGACCGAGAGGAAUCCCUGGGCUUCCUGGACCUCAGGGUGCACCGGGAACAACUGGAGCUCCAGGAUCAAUCGGACGCCGUGGAGGUAACGGACAGAAGGGUCAACCAGGAGAUCCAGGUGAUAAAGGUUCUCCAGGAUCUCUGGGACCCAGAGGAAUGCCGGGUCAGGACGGUAAAGAUGGAUAUGGACCUGCAGGACCUAAAGGUGUCAAGGGAGACCCUGGUUUCCCUGGUUAUCCUGGUCUACUGGGUGAGGACGGUCUGCAGGGACCCAAGGGAUACCCAGGACGUAAAGGGAACCGGGGUCGAGGGGGGAACUCAGGCCAGUUUGGAGAAUCAGGAGUGCCUGGAGAACCCGGAUAUCCAGGACACAGAGGUCCCAGAGGUCUACCUGGAGGCAAAGGCAUGACUGAGUGUCAGCUGAUCACCUACAUCAGAGACAACUGUGCUUGUUCCAUCGAUCGAUCAGAGUGCCCAGUCUACCCCACUGAGCUGGUGUUUGGUCUGGACAUGUCUGAGGACGUGACCCCGACUGCCUUCGAGAGGCAGCGUGUCGCUCUCCUCUCUCUGCUGGAGGACAUCACCAUCUCCGAGAGCAACUGUCCAACAGGUGCCCGGGUCGCCGUGGUGGGAUACAGCGCCCACACCAAGUACCUGAUCCGUUUCCAGGACUACCACCGCAAGAAGGAACUGAUUGAGUCUGUGAAGAACAUCGCCUUGGAACGCACAACUAACCGGCGCCAACUAGCGGCCGCCAUGCGCUUCGUAGGUCAGAACGUCUUCAAACGUGUACGAUCAGGAAUGAUGAUGAGGAAGGUGGCAGUCUUCCUCUCUAACGGGCCUUCACAGGACGUUAACGACAUUGUCACCGCCAUGAUGGAGUACCGGGCCCUCAACAUCGUCCCAGCUGUCAUCUCUCUGAGGAACGCUCCUGCAAUUGGUCGAGCCAUGGAGGUCGAUGACUCAGGAAGCUCGAUCUACACAGUGCUGGGGAGGGACAUGGCCGCUGACCUGAGGAAGGUCAAGAGCUGUGCGAUCUGCUACGACCCCUGCAGGCGUUCAGAGCAAUGCUCCUUCAUCCAGGAGCCAGUGCAGCCUCAGGAGGCGGAUGUGGACCUGGUCAUGGUGGUGGACAGCUCCAGGGAGAUGCAGGCUGAUGAGUACGCUGGCAUGCAGCAGCUGCUGGGCUCUGUGGUGGAGCAGCUGGUCGUUAGCCCCCAGCCCCGCCGAGUCGACAACCAGGCCCGGGUGGCUGUCGUCCAGCAGAGCGGCACCCGGGCUCCCAAGGUGGAGUUUGGAUUCCAGACCUACCAGGACCACAACACGAUGAGGAGACACCUGAUCCAGAACAUGCGGCAGCAGGGCGGCUCCUCGGCUCUGGGACAGACGCUGGAGUUCACCCUGAGGGAGGUGCUCCUGAAGGCCAGCCAGCCCCGCAGGAGGAGGGUGCUGAUGGCCGUGGUGGGCACAGAGACGGCCUACACUGACCGGGCCAUGCUGAAGUACAUCUCCCAGAAGGCCAAGUGUGAGGGGGUGGCGCUGUUUGUGGUGGCGGUGGGCGAUCGCUACAUCCGGACGCAGGUGGAGGAGCUGGCCAGUCCACCUGUCCAGCAGCACCUGAUCCACGUGGGCAGACUGAAGGCCGACGAGCAGGGCUACGCCCAGCGCUUCUUCAGAGUCUUCCUCUCUGCCCUCAACAAGGGAAUGAACACAUAUCCUCCUCCAUCAUUAAAACUGACCUGCAGUCAGCUGGCCGCUCCGGGGGGAGGACAAGUCUUCAUAGAGGGCCAAGGGCAGGCACAGCUGGAGGAGGAGGAGGUGGAAGAGGAGGAGGAGGAGGAGGACAGCUUCCAGGAGCAGACGGGAGGCCAGACUCAGACUGGCCAGCUGGACAUCAUCGAGACCCUGAACGGAGGGGACAGCCAGACUUUUGUCUCGGGAGCUAAUCUCACCGCCCAGUGUCAGCUGGAUGCUGACGCUGGUCUCCAGUGUGAGGACUAUGUCCAAGCCUGGUUCUAUGACAAACACAUCGCUGCAUGCACUCCCUUCUGGUAUGGCGGUUGUGGCGGCAACGCCAACCGCUUUAACACGGAACAUGAAUGUUUCCAGACAUGUGGCACCAAUAAUCCGGACAUCCUGCCGAGGCCACAGCUCCACAGCUUCGGCUCUAAAGACGACUGUGUCCUGGUCCAGGACCCCGGCACCUGCCAGAACUACACCAUGAUGUGGUUCUUUGACACCGAGCAGAACGAGUGUUCUCGCUUCUGGUAUGGCGGCUGCGGCGGCAACGAGAACCGCUUCAAGACACAAGAGGAGUGCGAGAACCUGUGUCUGACAAAGAGCCGAUGAAGAGGCCCCCCGCCGGAGAGAAACACCAAACACGUAUCAGGAAAACUUCAGGAAAUCGUAUUUACUCACAGACUGUUUCAACCGCUCACCAGUUUCUGCCAAAACCAAACUUUUCAACAGCUGAUCGGAAGGAGGAGGAGUUGCCUUUGGCUUUUUCUUAAACAUGCAUGUUUGUUUCCCCAGAGCCCCUCCUGUUGUAGAGACCCCCACCCACCUUCACCUGUUACACACUCUUCCGUCAGCUCAGCUGUUUUCAUGAGGCAGGUAGGGGCUGAUGUAAAAGCAAGUUUAUUGAGACUCUUGAAGGAAUCAAUCAGAACAUUAAAGUGAGUUUAUGUAAAUCAGCUUCAACACAUUAUUUUCCAGAAAGGUUGAUCUGGUUUAGAUUUGACUGAAGCUGAAGGGUUGAUCGUAAACCUUUAUUAUCUUGUAACAUUUGAUUUUCAUUUUAAAGACUGUUUUCCAAAGGUAAAGAUAAGAUAAGAUGACGCCGCUCUCAGACAGAGUCCCGCCUUUCAACGUUUUGCUCUUGUUGGUUGUGAGAAUGUUUUACUCGAUUACUUUACUGCUGAGAUCUGAGGAAACUGGUGACGUGACUUUACACUAUUUAAACCAGUCACUGAUCUGGUGACCAGAAGAGACUCAUGACUUCACUUAGACUUCACAUAUUCAACCUGGAAACUGAGAAGUUGAUCAUUUUGGUUUAUAGACAGAAUCAGUCUGACAGCAGCUAACGAUUACUUUCAUUAUUUAUUAAUCCGCAGAUUCUUUUUUUUUGAUUAAUCAGUUCAAGCGAUUUGUCUAUAAAAUGUCAGAAAACAGUGAAAAAAGUCUUCGUCAGUUUCCCACAAACCAAGGAGACGGCUCGUCUACAGCCUCAGUAUUUAUCCAGUGAAGUCUCGCUUUCUGCUGUUUCUACUGUCAACAAUGAAUUGAAGGAAAAACACCCAAAAACACUGACAGGAGAAAAGAUAUGGAGUCCAGGUCUCUGUAAGGGUUUAGAACCGGUCUGACGUUGUGUAGUCGCUCUGUUCUCUGUCGUUCACAUCUGAGCAGGAAGUGAGCGAAUGAAACGUCACAACUGCUGAACAUAACUUUGAAUUAAAGACCAAGGAUUUUUCUUAAAAGGU